UUUAGGUAUCCUUAUGUUUCUUUUUCCACUCCCGAAGAAUCACCAUUUCUUCGGAGAAAGCAUUUAUAAUUUAAUUGGAAGUAAAGCACAUGAAGCCGAGAAGGAAAGAAAAUCUGCCAGGUACAAGUCCAAGCAUAACUCUUCUGUAAAGGAAUUUUACAAAUCUAAAAAAUCCUCUGUACCGAAAACAAUGGGAUAUCCGCCCUGCUCUGGUAAAAAGCCACACGAAUAUUUGAGAAAGCACAGCGGUGAAAGGAAACUUGCAGAAGGAGCUAAAGCUGUAGAAUGCCUCUGCAGGAAACCAAAGAAACAGUCUACGCUGCCCUGUUUAAGUGGAUCCCUACCUCGGCUAAAUGAUAAGUUCGAGAGGAAUUUUAUUAAGGAAAAUGCUGUGGAUGCUAUUAAGAGACCGGCAACCACGCCUGCCCGAAAAACUGCAGACAGUCGAAGAGGAGAUAUUAUCGACUUAGAAGAUUCUGGUCUUGUGCCUAAAUUUUGUCUGAAAGAGGAGUAUGGUAAAACUCCGAAGUACGUAUGGGACAUGCGAAAGAAUUUUGAGAAAUCAAAAAAAGAAUUUGACAGUUUCAUACAAAGCGUAACAGACGUACCACGGAAGAUGAGUGAGGAGGAAAAGGAAGAAAUUCAAAAUGGACUGGUUGCGAACUUAAAUGAACUUCUUAGAAAGUACUUGACGUUACCUUUGGCGACUGAAUCUCCUUUACGGAUAAAACGCAAAGUUAACCUUGAAAAGAGAAUGGAUGCUUUGGAGAGAGACAUAGCUUUGUUAAAUAGGAGCGAUGACAUUUUUAUUGGAAAAUCGAACCCUAAAAUAUGAAAUUUAUGAAAACGGAGCAAUGUAAUCCAGAUGGAAGUUACGUAAUAAUCACCCUAAGGUCAGAUUUAUAUAGAAAUGGUAAAAUUAUUCGAAGAAGAUUGUUAGAUUUUGUUUUUAAAAGAAUGAUUUUUGUACGGCUAAUAAUAGCCAGUUUUGAUUUCAACUACAAGCGGUAAAAUUUUUGAAGCAACGUGAUAUAACAAAAGGGCGUUUUAGUUUUAUAACUUUUAAAUUUAAAUUAAUGUAAAAUUAUAAAAUUUUUAAACAUUUCAAAUUUUAUUUUUCAAUUUUAAAGCAAAAAUGUUGAAAAAAAUGGAUAACGCU